GAACUUGUCUGAAUUCCAGAGAGAGAGAGAAAAGCGAGAAAUCGGAAAGAUGCCGCUAAAGACUUUAGACGCUACCAUCUCAAGCUUCGAUGGUGUUUUCCAGAAAUUCAAAGAAGACGCACCGAAGAACAAGGCGAAUCUCAUCCUCUUCUUGGCUGAUAAUGAUCCUUCCACUUCACUCAGCUGGUGCCCUGACUGUGUAAGAGCUGAACCUGUUAUCUACAAGAAGCUUGAAGCAUUAUCUGAUGACAAUGUUCUCCUUCGAGUUUAUGUUGGAGACAGACCUACAUGGAGAAAUGCACAGCAUCCAUUGAGGGUUGAUCCAACGUUUAAGCUAACAGGUGUGCCAACUCUUAUUAGAUGGGAAGAUGAUGGUGUAAAGGGUCGUCUUGAAGAUCAUGAAGCUCAUGUUGAACGCAAAAUAGAAUCCCUCAUUGCUUAGGGGAAGUAGCUAGUAGAAGAUGCUGCGUCUUUAUAAUGAAUGAUCGAAUAAUGUUCGGGAAAUAAGUAUUUUGUGAUGGAUAUUGAGCAAAAUAUGUAAUUGAUAAGAAUGUUGAAUUGUCUCCAAUUACAGUUUGUAAUGUUUCUAAAUAAAAUGGAUUAUGAUUUGAAACAUUCAUCCAUUAAAUAAAGUUUUAAUUACCUUCUUUUUUUU